AUGGCGGACUGCUUCCCGCCCGAGGCCGACGACCUCCACCGCCGCUGGCUGCCCCGGGAGAUCUUCGCCGACAUUGGCAUCGUCGACACCGAGCCCGUCUCUGACGCCCCGCCCGAGGCCGCCGGCGUGGAGGAGCUCGCGGCGCAGCUCGCCGGCAUCCUCGGCGGCGGGAGCAAGAUGUGCCCGCUUCCUCCGCCCCCGCCGCCCCUCCCGCCGUCCGUCGCCGCCCCGCGCCACGGCGCGCAGGUCUGCGGGCUGGAAGGGAGCGCCGUGUCGGCCUGCGGCGGGACCAAUGGCGUCGGCGGCGCGGCGGCGAUGGCGUGGCCCUUCGUGCCGUACCCCCCGGCGCAGUGGCAGGGCGGGAGCAACCUGGUGAACCUGGGCGGCGUUCUGGACUACUACUACUCGUCGUUCCCCCCGGCGCCGCCGUGCCCCGUCCCGCCGCCGGCGAACCUGCGCGGCGGUACCGGCGUGUUCAUCCCGCGCACCGCCUGCGCUUUCCCCCCGGCCAAAGGUGGGAUGGCGACAAGCGCGUGGCCUGGCACUGCCACUGGGACCGGGGCGGGCAGGCCGGCAACGGGGAGGAAGCAGGAAUGGCAGCAGAACGAGACGCCGACGCCGACGACGCGGCAGCAGGUGGUGAAGCCGCAGCAGGCGGCGGUGCCCGCCUGCGCGCGGCCGGAGCUGACGCUGCCCCAGGAUUGGAGCUACCGCUGA